GUUGUAACGUGUAAAUUAUGAACACAAAAAACGAUGUAUUGCAAUAUCCAAAUGGAGAAUGGAAACAGCUAGAAUAUGAACAGAAGCAGGAACUCGAAGUAGCCCAAACAGAGUCAAAUGAGAAAAAUAACGGAACAUACAAUGAAAUUAGACACGGACAGAAGAGUGCAAUUAAAAACAAAACAUUGAAUUGAAUGCAGAGAGAGUAGUAGAUCUCCUACCUUCCUCUCCUCUCCUCUGGCCUACGCGACCCCUUGUUUCUAUGCUUUUUCGUUUUUCUUUCCAAUCUUGCACACCACCACAAAUGUUCGAUGGAGACUUUUAGAGCGAGAAAAGCGAUUCUUUCUUUUUAGAGAGAGAAACUCUAGAUUUUUAAUUCCUAGUCUUUUGUGCACAGCGUAAAGCAUUUACUCAUACCUUCGUUUCCCCCUCUCUUAAGACUGAUCCCUAAUUAUUAAUUUCCUCAUCUCUCUCUCCUUCUACACAUUCUUCUAUUUCACUGAGAAUUCUGUCUUAUUUUCCUUGGGAAAAUGGGACUGAUUUCUGGGAUCUUUCUGGGGAUAAUCUUUGGGAUCGCGGUGAUGGCGGGUUGGAAGCACAUGAUGAGGUAUAGAAGCACCAAGCGAGUUGCCAAGGCAGUUGAUAUAAAACUUCUUGGGUCCCUAAACAGGGAUGAUUUGAAGAAAAUAUGUGGUGAUAAUUUUCCUGAAUGGAUAUCAUUUCCUGCCUUUGAGCAGGUGAAAUGGCUGAACAAGCAAUUGAGCAAAUUAUGGCCAUUCAUUGCAGACGCAGCUACAAUGGUGGUUAAGGAAUCUGUUGAACCAUUAUUGGAAGACUAUCGACCACCAGGGAUUACAUCAUUAAAGUUUAACAAAUUUUCUCUUGGAACUGUGCCACCCAAGAUUGAAGGUAUUCGUGUUCAGAGUCUUAAGAAGGGUCAAAUAACUAUGGAUAUUGAUUUCCGAUGGGGCGGUGAUCCUAGUAUCAUUUUAGGUGUUGAAGCUGCACUUGUUGCUUCUAUACCCAUUCAGUUGAAAGACCUUGAAGUUUAUACUGUUAUUCGGGUUAUCUUCCAACUUGCUGAGGAGAUACCAUGUAUUUCUGCUGUUGUUGUGGCUCUACUUUCUGAGCCAAAGCCUAAAAUUGAUUACGUUUUGAAAGCUGUUGGUGGAAGCUUAACAGCCAUUCCUGGACUAUCAGAUAUGAUUGAUGACACUGUGCAUUCAAUUGUCACAGAUAUGCUUCAAUGGCCUCACAGGAUUGUUGUUCCAAUUGGUGGUGUACCUGUUGAUACAAGUGAAUUGGAGCUUAAACCACAAGGAAAGCUUACAGUGACUGUAGUGAAAGCAAAUGAGUUGAAGAACAUGGAAAUGAUUGGAAAAUCUGAUCCCUACGUAGUUUUAUAUAUUCGGCCGGUAUUCAAGGUUAAAUCAAAUGUUGUUGAGAACAACCUCAAUCCUGUUUGGGAUAAAACAUUCGAGUUGAUUGCUGAAGACAAGGAGACUCAGUCACUUAUUCUUGAGGUUUUUGAUAAGGAUAUUGGGCAAGACAAGAGAUUGGGAAUAACAAAAGUGCCUUUAAUUGAGCUGGAAGCAGAAACUUCGAAAGAAAUGGAGUUAAGACUGCUACCAUCUCUUGACAUGUUGAAGAUCAAGGAUAAGAAGGAUAGAGGAACUCUUACAAUUAAGGAUAUUAGUACAUUGGUUCUCUCUCUCUCUCUCCCCCCUCCCACGGCUGUGUGUUGGGGUUACAUACUUAGAUUGGACUUGCAGGUUUUGUACCAUGAAUUUAACAAAGAGGAGCAAUUGAUUGCUUUGGAAGAAGAGAAGAGGAUCCUAGAAGCAAGAAAGAAGCUAAAAGAAGCAGGAGUUAUAGGGAGCACAAUGGAUGCACUUGAUGGAGCUGUGUCACUGGUGGGUUCAGGUGUUGGAAUGGUGGGUACUGGUAUUGGUGCUGGAGUUGGGCUCGUGGGAACUGGGGUUGGAGCUGGAGUUGGCAUCGUGGGCAGCGGCAUUGGAGCUGGAGUUGGCAUUGUGGGCAGCGGCAUUGGAGCUGUUGGCAGUGGCCUAAGUAAAGCUGGAAAGUUCAUGGGCAGGUCACUCACUGGGCAAUCCAGCAAGAGAAGUGGCUCCACAACUCCAGUCAAUAGCGUGCAAGAAAAUGGUGGGGCGAAGCCUCUGUAGUGCAACUGCAGGAUACUGUGUGAAUUAGGCCUUGGCUUGCAUUCCCAUGACUAAAGGGUGAGAGUACUUAUUUUGCACGCUCGUGUCAUCGUGUUUUCUCCAUUAUUGUUCUUUAUGUUAAUCAGCGCAGUUAUUGUUUAUUCUCCAUACUUGGUUCCAACUGUAUCUUCGUGGUCCAAUUUAUGUUCUACCAUACGCGAGUUCAUAGCAGACUUAUACAUGUGUACAAAUAACGUGAUUCUCCUUUCAUUGUGGGUACCUGUCUGAUAGAUGAUUAUUGAAUCUUUUGUAAUA